AUGAGUGCAACAGAAGUCGUGGCUGCACCCACUGAAGUUGAACUUCCAAUGGUGGAAGAGAAUGAACCCAAGAAAGAUGACGCAACCCCUGAGGAAAAACAGCCAGAAGAAGACCAAGAAAUAGUGAAAGAUCCUGAGGAAAAAGAAAAGAAGAAGGAAAAGAAAUCGCGUCGUGAUUCGCGCUCGCGCUCUCGCAGUCGUUCAAGAUCCAGCUCUCGCUCAAGAAGCAGAAGCGCUAGCAGAUCGAGAAGCAGGAGCAGAGGACGCGAACGGCGUCGCUCUCGCCGCUCGAGAUCUCGCUCCCGCACCUAUUCUCCAGUACCGUCGAGCAGUCGUCGUGUCGUGAAUGGAAGAAUCCACGUUUCUGACCUCACCGCUUCGAUUUCGAAGAGAGAUCUUGAGAAGGCUUUCGAAAAGUUUGGAAAAGUCGUUGAUAUAUGGCUUGCAUCUUAUCAUCCGUUCUAUGCAUUUAUAACCUACAAGAGGGAUGAAGAUGCUGAGGAAGCCAUCAGAAAGAUGAAUGACUCGUAUAUUCGUCGUCAACGCAUUCGUGUCGCCCAUGCCUUACCUCGUCGUGAGAGGUUCGGCUUUCGUACGUUCGGGGGUGGCUACAAUGGUGGAGGCUACGGCGGCGGUGGCGGCGGUUAUGGAGGAUCGUACGCAAGGCGCAUUGGUCUUGAUGUUUUGGAUGGUGUUGCGUGGGAAUUCGGAUGCUGCGCGUAUGGUUGCGUUGCGUCUUAG